AUGGCUCCUCGCUGGGCCAGCUACUCGCGAGGUCUUUGUAUUUUCCUGCUUGCCUUGUCCUGCCACGUUACUGCGCAAGCCUCCGGCAGCGCGGCAGGAGUCAGCUAUCAACUCAUCCACCACCCGAAAUCAUGCUACAGGUUCCCAAACCGGAUCACCUCCCGUCCUCCUACCGUCGUCGAUCUUUCGAAUGACAGCAGCACGAGUAGCCUGAUGUACAUCUAUGACGAGAAAAAUGGAACCUCCACUCAGAUUCAGCUACCUGGCAAGAGCGGUAACUUCACUUACGAUAUAUCCGAUCCCUCCCGGCUCGGUUUCCUGCUUGCCGACAACUCGACGGCGCUGCUGGAGGAUGACGGCUUGAGCAUCUAUGCGGCCGACUGCUCCACAGUAUGGCACCUGCAGCUGGAGAACCAAACGUCCGAGAGCCCCUGUCCGCAAGCACCAUCCAGAUACAGGCAUCACGACAGCGCGAGACACUUCCGUCGAUCUGAGCAGGAACCAUUCAAAUUCAACUUCCAACUCGUCGACGGAUGUGGAAAGGAGGACGAUACGUCACGUCCCACCGUCGAGUUCGGCAAGUCAGCAUGCGGGUACAAACACACCGGCGGGUCCUACUUCGCUACCUGCGAGUAUCCAGGAGAAGGCAGCCCGGAGGCUCUAUGCGAGGACGAUGUAGCGAGCGUGUUGAACCUCCUCACCAAUGGAAACACAGGUCAAGUCACCAAUUGGCCGAGUACUCUGGAAACAUUGGCUGAACUGGGUAUUGGAGCUCGACUACUCACCAAAUUGGCAAAGAAAUUAGGCACGGCGGCAUUAGGUGCGGCGAUGAGACGUCUUGCCGCUGCACAAUUCUUCAUCACGCUCAUCGGUGCGGAAAACAUUGCUUGGGCCAACUGUGAGCUCUUCUAUGCUGUUAUUGGCAUUGCUGAACCCCUGGUGGUACACAUUGGCCGCGAAUCAUACACGGUCACAAGCCUGGAUGCUGCGCCGACCACGCCGAUUGUUGACACAUUUACUGUUUACCGACCAUUUGGAUGUACGACUUCCUCAGCACCUGCAACGCCGGCUGCAUCUACGAGCACGACGACAGCUGCAUCUGGCCCUUCUGCCACUGGUGUCUGCAAACCUAAGUCUGGUGGGCCUUCAACUAAUCCAUGUCUCAGUGCGCAUGCCUGGCAACUCGACAAUGACGCCAUUGAAGCGGCUAUCGCUCGCAGCCUCGAAAACAGCGGAGCCAGCAUCACCAUCAACGCGAUCUCCGUCGCCGGCGCCGGAACGCUGGAGAUCACCGGCGAUGAUGCAGACUUCAUCUACAAAGAUUUUACCGCCAGCGUCGACGUUUCUGCUAGCGGGAUUGACAUACCCACCGUGAGCACCGUCAAUGGCGCUUUCGCCGCGAAGCUCCACCUCCAAGACGAAGGCAGCCUCUGCAUGGUCGUGACCUCCGGCUCCGGCUCGGCGAUUGAGACAGAUCCAUUCACAGGAGGCUUGACGGUGGAUUUGGGACCAGAGGGUGGGUUUGUUGAGCAGCGGUAUAACUUUGAGUAUACGUGCUCUGCUGAGGAAUUGACGAUGACGGGGUUUCUGGACGGGAAUCAGGUGGUUGGGCCUUGGGUCUAUGGGAGGGCAGAUUGA